AUGAGGUUAUAUGCAGGUUCUUUCAAGAAUAAGUUUCGAUCUAAUAGGAAACCUAAACCUGCACCUCCACAAGUUAAGCCACAAACCACAAUUACCGAAGAAGACAAAAAGCUGAUUGAACAAAAAUAUAAAGAGAAUAUUGCAAUUACGGAUACGGCAUCAUAUUUGGAAAAGAUUAACAUGGAAAUCCUCAACGAUGAAUUUGAGCCAUUUCUUUGUCUUUUUGACUCUGAAGAAAUUAAAAAGGAAGACUUAGUAGGAUUUGAUCCACCAUAUGGACUGGUUCCUCGUGAUAAAUACGAGCUAUGGAAGCUCUGCGGGCAUGUUUGUGAUCCUCAGCAUCCCAUGAGUUCGCAAUCUCUCACAACGCGCAUAUUUACACAAAGACUUUUCGGAGAUAAAGAUAAAGUGACUCGUGAUGAAUUUAAUCAUACAAUCGAGUAUAAGAUGAGAUUUUAUACUCCUGGUUAUGGCGACAUCUUCUACAUGGACAAAAUUCGUUGCUGGAGAGGAUGGCUUCUUGUUAGAGACUGUCAAGAGGGACCAGAAGACAUUCCAAACUAUACUUCUAUAUAUCCGGUUGCAAGACAACCAAAUGAAGUGACACUGAGUAAAGUAAUACGUUCUCUCAACUCAGAAGUGAACAGACAAGGUGUCCAUCCGGCGCUUUUGGAUAUGUUUUGGAACUUUUUCACAUCUGACAAGGAAAUUCUAACAAGACAUACGGUAACCUACAAACUUAACUGGGUUAUUGACCGCCUAAAAAAUCUGUUAGACAUGGAGGGAAUCCACCCAGAUGCGUUUUACAAAAUCUUUUUCGAGCCCGCUAAGAAAGCUCUAUUGAAUUUCGACAAGGAAGCCUUUGCACGGGAACAGGAAAGGAGGCUUGAUUUUAUUAAGUUACAUGACAAACUCAUAUCUGAAAAUGCUGCACUGAGGAAGAGGAACAGGAUACUAAAGGCGGUCUACAACAGUGAAAUGCGAAAUCUGUACAAGAUUCCAAUUCCAAAAUGCUACGUCAGAUACGAAAGAAGACGCCUAGCAGGCUACUACAAUCUUCUUGCAGAAAUGCAUGCAAGACAACAGAGGAGAAGAGAGUUACCAAAGGAACUUAGGAAGAUAAACGUCGGAUCCCAGACCAAGAAGGAGAAGAAACCUAGAGAAAAGAAGGCGUCCAGAAGAAACAAGCGAUUGGGAAGGGGAUGA